CCUUCUAGAAGUGAACAGCGCGUGAAGCCGUAAUGGACGAAAAGAAGUGAUUACCAGCUGAACGAUUGUGAAAGUGGAAGUUGGUGUAUUUAGUGAAACGUCUUUUCGACUUUAUAGUCUUUAGAUAAUGACAUAAAGUUUUUUAAAGCGAUGAUUAAUGUGUUGGUUCUGUUUUCAAAUAUAUUAUUGAGAGCACUGCCAUAGUACUAAUUAAAAUAAGAAAUGUCUUAUCCUGGCCAACCUCCAAUGGGAAUACCAGGCAUGCCACCUAUGCCUUACAUUGUUGGUGCACCUCCGCCAAUUAUAGGUGGUGUAAUGCCUAUGGCGCAUAUGAUUCCAACACCCGUAUCUGCGAUGCAGACCUCAGCUCCAGCUGUACGGUAUGCACGUAACCAGAAUCGUCAUGACAAUAAUCGUCGGCGUGAGAGAGAAUCUGGUCCACCAGUUACUGUCUUUAUUGGUAACAUUAUGGACAGAGCACCUGAUGUGAUGAUUCGACAUAUUCUGGGUGCAUGUGGCCAUGUCCUUUCAUGGAAGAGAGUCCAAGCAUUUGGAUUUUGUGAAUAUGCAGGUCCUGAUGCAGGUCUCAGAGCAGUUAGAUUACUUCAUGACAUGGAAAUAGGCACAAAAAAACUUGUUGUAAAAGUUGAUGCAAAAGCUAAAGUUGUUUUGGAUCAAUUUAAAGCGGAAAGAAGAAAAAAAUUAAGAGGGGGUCAGUCCCCUUUGCAGGAUGAAACAUCUACUGAAGGAGCUGAAGGAGAAGAAGGUGAAGAUUAUAUGGAUGAGGGAAUGAGGGUAGUGGACGCAGAUGCACUAGCACGUAUAAAUCAAAUAAUAGCUGAACAUGCCACUGAUUUGGAAAUGGCUCAAGUUGCUCCUGAGGAACAUCAAACAAAAAUGGUUGCAAAAUCCUUGAACUUGGAUGAUGCAGAAAUAGAAGAAAGUAAAAGAGACUUGAUUACACGAGAAAUUGGAAAAUUCAGGGAAGUUAUGAAGCAAACGCACACGCCUAGGAAUGCUGUGUGUGGGGACCACUCUUUCACUCACUCAUUGGCUCUGAAGGGAGUCAAUCACAGCACAUCCCUCGUAUUUUCGCAGGCAGCUGCAGCCUCGUCGAAGCAGGAGGAGGAGAAGGCCCAAGUGAAACGGAAGAAAGAAGCAGUAGAGAAAGAAGAACGGGAAAAACGUGAAAAAGAACGGCGGGAUAGACGAGAUGGCAGCAACGCUAAAGAUGAUCAAGAAGAUCCUGGUAGUCCUACGUCUCACAAGGGCCGUAGUAGUAGUACAGGAAGUAGUAGAAGGGAUAAAAGACGGUCUAAAUCCAGAUCUAAAGAACGAGACAGAGACCGUCAAAGGAAUGAUAGAGAUCGUGAUAGAGACAGAGAUAGAGAUAGAGACCGAGAGAGGGAACGAGAAAGAGAUCGUGACCGUGAGAGGGAGCGUGAACGAGAACGUGAAAGAGAUAGAGAACGGGAAAGAGAAAGAGAAAGGGAAAGAGAUAGGGAACGAGAGAGAGAACGUGAACGAGAAGAAGCGAGGAAGACUGAAAGGGAAAUAAUGCGUGAAAGGGAAGAAGAGGAAGAAGCUAAGGAAAGGAAGAAAAAUGAAAGAAGAGCACGAGAAAAGGAGGCUGCUUACCAAGAGCGUCUGAGAGCAUGGGAGACGCGAGAACGUCGCAAACAAAAGGAAUAUGAAAAGGAAGCGGAAAAGCGUCGCGGGAAACGGGAGGCACGUGAAAGAGAGGCAAAACGAUUGAAAGAAUUCCUUGAAGAUUAUGAUGAUGAUAGAGAUGACGCUAAAUACUAUAAAGGCAAAGAACUGUCGCGUCGUUUGGAAGAGAGAGCACUCGAAGCGGAAGCAGAUUCGCGGGACCGUUGUGCUGAGCGUCAGGAGCUUCAACGUCUCCGUGAUAAACUUUAUGCUGAUGCCUCUCAUCCAGAUCCAGCGGCAGAAUUUGAAAGGUUAAAAGCUGAAAGAGAAGAACAGUACAAGCCUAAACCUGUAAUUACAAUAAUUGACGAAGAAGAUGAAAAAGUAGUAAAAAAAGAAAAAGAAAUUAUGCCACCUAUAGAAACUGAACCUAUAGAGAGUGAUAGUGACGAGUGCGUGCAAUUUGAUGACGCAUCUCAGACGGAAGCACCAUCUAGGACACCACCGCGACACCACCAUCAUCAUCGAAGACAUCAUCGUCAUCAUCAGAAUCAUCAUCAUGACGGCGAGGAAAAUGAGGAAGUUGUAGAGGCAGACAGAGAAAGUGUGAAAUGUACGAGAUCGUCACCUCCUCAUCAAACAGUUACACCUUCAACUCAGUCCAUUCCACCCACAUUAGACGAAGAUUCUCGUAUGUCCCUUGUUAGUGAACCAGAAAAAACGAGCAGUAGUAAUUUUGUGCCGUUUGCUAUGGGAAGUGGAGGUAAUCGUGGUGGUGAUCACGGUGUUGGUAACAAAACUCCAGCUAGUCCUAGCACAGCUGUUAAUGUUAAUUCACAACCAGCGAAUCAAACGAGAAAGAAAGGUCGGAUCGACGUGAAGGAUGUGUUUAAUAAUGAUGAUGACGAUGAUGGUGCUAAUAAUGCAAAGAAGCGUAAACUAGUUCCUUUAGAUUAUGGCGAAGACAAAAAGAAGAAAUCUACAGAGGAGGCUCCUAAACCAGGCAAAGAAGAAAGUACAAAGAGUCAAGAAGAGAAACGAAAGCAUAUAAAGUCCCUUAUUGAUAAGAUUCCUACAGAUAAGAACGCUUUAUUUGGAUACCAACUCGAUUGGGCUGUAAUAGAUAAUACGUUAAUGGAAAAGAGGAUAAGGCCAUGGAUUAAUAAGAAGAUUAUUGAAUAUAUUGGGGAACCUGAACCUACGUUAGUGGAUUUUAUUUGUAGUAAAGUAAUGGCUGGCAGCUCACCUCAGGGUAUACUUGAUGAUGUACAGAUGGUAUUAGACGAAGAAGCAGAAGUGUUUGUAGUUAAAAUGUGGAGGUUAUUGAUAUACGAAGUGGAAGCUAAAAAGAUGGGCUUAGUUAAAUAAAUGGAAUAAUAAUUGAAAUAUUAAUCGAUAUAAAAAUUUAUACUACACAUCAAAUUCCUCUGGUUAAGAUGUAAUAUUUAGGUUAUAUACUGACAUAUAAUUACCUAUGUAUAAUUUGUAGGAUUCUUCACUAGAUGAAAAACACGAUGUUGCUCGAUUGAUAGGUAACCUAAAUGUGUAGCAAUUAAAAUGUUAAAUACAAAUUGUAAUUACGAUUUAUAAUAUUUGAGUUAUGUGUUUCUAAAUUUAUUUGUCCAUAGUUCUAGAAAGAGAUCUCUUUGAUUUUAACUAAAUUGAUUCAACAUUUUUCUACAUUUUUAGGUAUACACGUGCAUAGGAUUAUAAACCAAUUUCAAUGUGAAACUUCGAUAAUUAGUUUCGUUUCUUUUAGGUAGGAUUUUAUAAACUAAUGAACGUACUACUCUAAUUUCACUCAUCAUAUAUAUUGUACAUAUAUAUAUCAUCAUGGGACAUUCGGUUACAGUAAAUACAAUGACUUAUUGAAGUA